CCUCAUUUUUCGAUUCCUUCGAGCUGAAACCGCUAAGCUGUGUCUGUCAGACUCAGGUCAGGUCCAGACCAGAGCGCUCGCUAGCUCGCUCGCUCUCUCUCUCUCUCUCUCUAUUCAGGUCUCUAUCAUUUGCUUGGAAGAAAUCGUCGUGAACUGCAUGUGAGCUUGCAGAAAGAUCUGGCCAAAAAAGCAUGAAGAAUCGAAAUGGAUUCAAUGCUUUCGCUUCGGAGUUGGUGAAGUUUUGGUGAGAAUGGAAAACGAGAGUUGAUGACUGAGUGAGACAGAGCGAGAGGUUCGGGUUGUUGCAGAGAUCUGAAAAGCCAGUUCUUUGUACUUGUUUUGCUCUUCAGUCCGUUUCCUGAACGAGGUGGCUGUGAGGAUCUUUGUUUUUUUAGUCGAGUUUGGGGUGAUGACUCUCAUUGGAGGGUUAAUGCUCGGCUAGUGUUUCAUAUCCUUGGUUUCAGUUGUCUGACAUUCAGUAUGAGUUAAUUCAGAACCUUCAAGCUUAAACUUAUGGUUACUGUUAAGUUCGGUUGUGAGUUUGUCUGGCAGGAACUCCAAUUGAUCGAAUGUAUGUUUGGAGUUGGAACUCAGAGUAGUAUUGGUGAAAAUAUCACAAGUGGGAUGGGGUGAACAUCGCCAGAUAUGUUCGUAGUAUUAGGAUUUAAAAAAGAUUACAAUUACAGUUCUUUCGAAACCAAACAUGCUUGGUUUUUCUUUUCUUUAUUCUGUUGAUUCACCUCAUUCUCUUCUGUGGAAUCAGUUUGCGUUCUGAUCAUGACCAGGGCAGUUCGUAGUAGAUUUCUCAAAGAUGAGAAUGGUGCUAUUAGUGAUCACCUUCGCAAUCACAUCCAUUUGACAAAUUGCAUCCAUCUGAAGAACCAUAUGCACAGGCAGAGCCCCAUACUGGCCGAAAGGUCACUUAUGAGGGAUCUUAUUGUUCUUCAGAGGUCGAGGUCCCUCAGGGAUCCUUCCACUAGUCCUCCCUCAUGGCAUUCUCCUUCCAUAAUUGAUUCGUUAUCUAAGAAACUUGAAAAGGAUGCUGGUUUGCGUGAAGGAAGGAGGUCUGUAGGUAUUGAGCGCCAGAGGGAAGGUAGUAGGUUGUCAGGAAGUUCACCACAUAAUGCAAGCGUAGCAACAUCAAAAGUUGCUGCUGCUGAAUUAGCCAGGGGAGAUGAUGAGGAAGAAGCUGCUAGUGAUCGCAGUAGUAUGCCUAGAGCCAGAGAUCCCAGAAGGAUUAAGGGAGAGCAAUCUAGUCGGAGAAAUUGGAGAAGUGACAUUUCAGUUGGCACUGAGGAGCCUCUACAAGAUGGUCACAAUCUGGUUGAUGACUUUGUUUCAGGGAAGGCAGAAAUGAAAAAUAGAAAGAGUUCACUGAAGGUAAAACGUAGUCAAGAUGGUCUCCUUAAGACUCUAUCAGAACAGCUGAAUGAACUUCCUCUCAAUAGUAACAAUGUAGAAUUGUCUCACAUCCAUCAUUGUGGAAAACAUACAAAUUGGGAAAAAUUCAGUGAGGAGCCAGAAGCAGGCACUUACAGCUACUGUAACGGAUUGAACAGAGUUAAAAAGCGCAAGUUUCAUGGUGCAAGAAGAACCCGAGCUACUAUUCUCUCUAGAGAGAUUGGAGCACAAAAUGAAUUAUCCGUGGCUUCUAAUUCAUUAGCCCAAGGUUCAAGACAACCCAAGUUUCAUGCAGAGGAAGUAGAGGAACAGGAUGCCCAGCUAGAAGUUACACAGGCUCCAAGAAAUGGGUGUGGGAUUCCUUGGAAUUGGUCAAGAAUUCACCACAGAGGUAAAACAUUCUUGGACAUGGCUGGAAGAAGUUUAUCUUGUGGGCUCUCUGACUCAAUGUUAAGGAAAGGUGGCCCUGUUCCCCAAGGAAGAAAUACUCCAGAUAUGCCUGUGGGAUAUGAUCACUCAAGUUCAUCUGCUAAAUCUGAUGCCGAGGCACUACCUCUACUAGUUGAUCAUUCAGGAUCUCAAGAAAGUACUGAAAAUGCAGCUUGGGUGCGUGAUUAUUCAGGAGAGCUAGGUAUUUUUGCUGGCCAUGGUUUGAGGCAUGAUGUAGACUCUGACCUCGCUUCUGAAGCUAGAUCUGGUAGUCGGCACAAGUCUAAAGGACACCAGCAUGCUAGACAUCAAAGUCUGACACAGAAAUACAUGCCAAGAACCUUCAAAGAUCUGGUGGGACAGAACUUGGUAACUCAGGCUCUUUCAAAUGCUGUCAUAAAGAGAAAAGUUGGCUUGCUUUAUGUGUUCUACGGUCCUCAUGGUACUGGAAAAUCUUCAUGUGCUCGCAUUUUUGCCAGAGCUUUAAAUUGCCAAUCUCCACAACAUCCCAAGCCUUGUGGUGUUUGCAGUUCAUGCAUUGCACAUGAUAUGGGUAAAAAUCGGAAUGUCAGGGAAGUUGGUCCAGUCAGUAACUUUGACUUUGAGAGUAUUGUGGAUCUGCUUGAAAGUAUGAUGAUAUCCCAGCUACCCUCUCAGUAUAGAGUGUUCAUUUUUGAUGAUUGCGAUAAUUUGCCUCCUGAUUCCUGGAGUGCUAUUUCCAAGAUCAUUGAUCGAGCACCCAGACGUGUGGUUUUUGCACUUGUUUGUACAAGUCUUGAUCAUUUGCCUCACAUAAUCAUGUCCAGGUGCCAGAAAUUCUUUUUCCCAAAGUUGAAGGAUGCAGAUAUUAUCUAUACUUUGCAGUGGAUCGCCACAAAAGAAGAUCUAGAAAUUGAUAAGGAUGCACUAAAACUAAUUGCGUCGCGAUCAGAUGGAUCUCUGAGGGAUGCUGAGAUGACUCUUGAGCAGUUGAGCUUGCUUGGGCAGAGAAUCUCUGUUCCUUUGGUUCAGGAGCUUGUUGGGUUGAUCUCUGAUGAGAAAUUGGUAGACCUACUUGAUUUGGCAUUAUCUGCAGACACUGUGAAUACUGUGAAGAAUUUAAGAGAGAUCAUGGAAUCUGGUGUGGAUCCAUUAGCAUUGAUGUCACAACUUGCUACAAUAAUAACUGACAUUCUUGCAGGAAGCUAUCUUUUCACCAAGGAAAGGUUAAGGAGAAAAUUCUUCCGGCGGCAAACAUUAUCUAAAGAAGAUAUGGAGAAACUACGUCAAGCUCUAAAAACAUUGUCCGAGGCUGAAAAACAACUCAGAAUGUCCAAUGACAAAUUAACAUGGCUAACAGCUGCAUUGCUUCAACUUGCUCCCGAUCAGCAGUAUAUGUUGCCUAGUUCUGCAGAAACUAGUUUUAACCAUAGUCCAUUGGCCCUCCAUAAUAAUGCUGGGAGAGAUACAGCCAGGAAUGGUAAUAUUGAAAAUGCUGAGGUUCCUAACAGUGGGAGAGGCUUGUCUACAAAUGUUAGGUUGGACAACCAUGCUGGGAGCAUUAAUGAUGUUAUUUGCAACAAUGGAAAGAUUAAUGGUUAUAGUUCAGGUGGAAAGAAGUAUAUUGGCGGGACUUCUCAACGCACACCUGCAUUGUCUACAGAUCUAACUAGGGCAACUGAUGAGCACACUUCAGGGAAAUGUCAUGGUCAAAUUGAAGAAAUAUGGUUGGCAGUGCUUGAAAAAAUUCAAAAUAAUGCUCUAAAACAAUUUAUGUACCAAGAAUCUAAACUAGUUUCAGUUAGUUUUGGUGCAGCUCCAACCGUGCAGCUGAUAUUCACUACACCUCUGACUAAAUCAAAGGCAGAAAAGUUCAGGGGUUAUAUCUUACAAGCAUUUGAAGCUGUUCUGGGAUCCCCAAUGACACUUGAAAUCAGAUGUGAAACAAAGAUGGAUUCAAGAUCAGGGAUUCAAGUUCCUCUGAUUUUACCAGUUUUUGAGGAUGGUUCCUCUGAGGUGAUGGCAAACCCAGAUUCAGCUACCAGCAACAAAAUGUCAAAAACAGGAAAUGAUAAUAAUAAUGGUAAUAUUAUAAAGGUUUCAAAGGACAGAGUUGUUAAAGGAGUUGGUUAUAGUCAAAACAGUCUCCUGUACCCUGAUUCCCUUGAUAGGGCAAGGAGUGAAAUUGUUGAACUAGUUGCUUCUCCUAGGGAAACCAAGAGCAUUGAGCAUGCAGAUAAUAAUGGACAGUUUGGUGAAAGAGAUGUGGGAAGUGUUUGGAUAGGAGAGGCACAAUAUGCACAACAGAAAUCUAAAUUGGGCUUGGAAAGAAAGAAAAUCGGAGAACAAUCUCAGAGUCAGAGCUUAGUUAGAAGCAAGGUGUCCCUCGCUCAUGUUAUUCAACAAGCAGAAGGAUGCGGCCAACGAAGUGGAUGGUCUAGAGGCAAGGCAAUGUCUAUUGCUGAAAAGCUUGAGCAAGAGAAUUUGAGAUUGGAACCUAGGUCAAGAAGCUUGCUUUGCUGGAAAACAUGUAGAGUAACUCGGGGCAAGCUUUCACGUUUGAAAAUGAGGACAAGGAGAUCAAGUUCACUGCUGAAGCUUUUCCCAUGCUCUAGAUGUCUCUCUACAAAAUCAAGAUUUCAGAACCUUGUUUUUGGUAGACGAUCUCAGAACCUCAGUAAUGCAAUCAUCCUUCCUUCUUGGACAUCUAGUCUUAAAGUGCAGGAGAAAAAAUAUGAUUGAUGUAUCCAGUUCGAGUAUCUGGAACUGUAUUCAUGGCGUUUGUGAAAAGGAAGCAUGUGAUAUACUGUCACAAUCCCCUUUUCCUGUGUUUAAUUUGUUCCUCUUCUUGUAAUGUGUCCACAAGGUCAUCAAAAGCUCCUGGUUUAACCCUUUUCAAGGCGCAUUUCUGUGUAAUAAUCAAAUUCUAGUAUGUUAAUAUGUGACAUCCAGUCAACGUGCUUCUACAUAUGUUCUGUGAGCUGUUCCCAUUUCUGGGUUCUGGAUCGUAAUCUAUUUCUUGUAGACUCUCCAUUCCCUACGUAGUCCAGAAAUUUAUUGUAAUUAUGAUUUGUCAAGUCCAAGGUCUGAACUCUGGAAACCCA